AUGGCGGCUUCAUCUCAUCUCUUUGCACUCCCUUCGCCUCUACACACAGUUUCAACUCAACCAAACCGGAAUCGAGUUCGUGUUUUAGCGAAAUCAUGUCGGGGCAAUCAGAGCUUCUUCGAUUCCAACGAUUCAGAUUCUUCGUCGGAGACUACCAACAAAACCCAGGAGGAUCAGAAAUCCAUGUCACGGAGACAGUGGAUGACAUGUGUGUGCUUAUCUCCAGUUUUAAUUAACAAUGCUUAUACCUUUGUCUCUGUACAAAACGCAGCGGCGUUAGACAAGAAAGCAGGAGCUUCAUGCCGUAACUGUCAGGGCAUUGGUGCUGUUCUUUGUGAUAUGUGUGGCGGUACAGGAAAAUGGAAAGCUCUCAAUCGAAAACGUGCCAAAGAUGUAUAUGAGUUUACAGAAUGUCCAAACUGUUACGGUCGAGGUAAGCUUGUUUGUCCGGUCUGUUUAGGUACAGGUUUACCAAACAACAAAGGUCUUCUUAGAAGGCCCGGUGCUCGUGAGCUACUCGACAAGAUGUACAAUGGUCGGCUUCUUCCCAAUUCAUGA